AUGGCUGGCGAUAGCGACUCCAAGUCGCCCAAAACAACCAAUGCUACCACAAACCGCCCAGAUGCCGCGGCCGACUCCAAACCUUCAGAGAUCGUAGCGAAGACCGAACCGUCCAACGGCGAACCCGCUAAGCCACUUGCGCCACCUCCCCGUCCCAACCAGGCGGCGAAGGGCAACACGCCCGACUACUUUGGCCUGACAGGCCCCGGAGGCUCGUUGAACCAAGAGCCCAACCCCUUUGAGAGGUCAUUCGGUGGUGAUCCUACACUCGGCGCCAACGGUGGCCCUCCCGAGACCCCAGGAGGCACCAAGUUGCCUCCUGUCGCAGCCAUCACCUCGCCGUCGUCGCUCCUUCCCGGCACUGGGUCGACGCCCUUCAACUGGGGCGGUGGGUCGCUGCGCACCGGGCCGCUCAGUCCAGCCAUGCUCUCAGGCCCUCAGACCGACUACUUUGGCGACCAAUUCCGCGGUGGCUUUCCCACGCCCAAUGAGUCCUCGCUUCGAACUGGUUUGACCCCUGGCGGGAGUGGAUCUAUGUUCCCUGUGGUUGGAAGCCCUAAUACUGCUGCCAUCUUCAACCUCGCCGGUGGUGGUGCCACACCAAGCACUGUUGACUUUCACCGCACGGCUAUGAGGGCGGCUGCCGCUGAGCGUGAACAACAAGCCCAACAACCAUUGCCUGCGACGUCACAGCCACAGGAAAUCAGCAACGGUGCACCGGCCGUCAAGUCUGAGGCCAAGCCCACUGGACCUUUUGAUAACCACGACAACGACGCGGCCAACGCAGACCACGGCCACCCGGCGCCUGCUGUCCAACAUCCCAACCCCAACAUGAACGGUAACUCCACUCAAAAUGGCCGAGCAUCUCGAGGUGCUAGUGAGGCCGCAAGCGCGCAGUCAGACGAGAGCGAGCAUGCCCGACCCAUCACCAGGGGUAAAGGCAAACGCAACUCGGGCUCGGGAGCUGCCGCGACAAACGGCAGGCGGAAGGCCGAUGAGGCCCCAGCCAGGGCCCCUGCAAGCAAAAAGGCGAAGACUAACACUGCCGAUGCCCCGCCAUCCGUCGGAUCUGACGAACAAAUGGAUGAUGACUCUGACCAUGAUGACGCUGGCGGAGACAACAAGCCAAAGCACAAGAUGACCGAGGAAGAAAAGAGAAAGAAUUUCCUCGAGCGUAACCGUGUCGCCGCUUUGAAAUGUCGCCAGCGCAAGAAGCAGUGGUUGGCAAAUCUUCAGAACAAGGUUGACCUCUAUCAGACGGAGAACGACCAGCUGACACAGCAGAUUGCUGCACUCAGGGAAGAAGUUGUCAAUCUGAAGACGCUGCUGUUGGCGCAUAAGGACUGCCCUGUGACGCAACAACAGGGGCUCCAAGGUGCUUACAUGGCUGGGAUGGAGCCAUAUAACGCCCAGAUGAACCCGUACGGGAUGGCUGCACCGAUGCCAAACCACCAGAUGAUGCCUGCCCAAGCAGCACGAAAGCCUGCGUCGCGAGCGCUCAGCAUCGAUUAUAAGCGCGCAGAAAUCCCGGCAUCUGAUCGACGACCUGCAAACAUAACACGCGACGCCGACGACAACAUACCGCCGCCAUCCCUAUACACACCCUCACUGAAUGCGCUCCAUUCUGAGAUCCCGUCAAUGACGACCGUCGUGCGGACCCGGCACCCUCUGGAAGCAUUGAGCAUGAGCAAUCAGUCUAAGCCCAGCCGGACAAGCAAGCGCCGUGCGGCGAACUCCGUGUAUGACGAGCAAGAUGGCGACUUCCUCUUCACGCGCGGUUCAAAGAGACAGAAGACGGUGUCAUCCCCAGCGUCCCCGCCCGCUCCAGAACCAAAACCAGUAGCAAAAGCUGCAGCGAAGAAAGCCCCAGGAAGACCACGUAACGGCACCAAACGCCCUGCGUCAUCGCCGCCACCGCCAACGAGCAAGGAGGAGGAGCUACCUCUUAGGACCUCUAAACGGUCGACACGGAGGAAACUCGAUUCUUCAUCGCUCGCGCCAGAUAAGCCAUUGGUGGUGCCAAGGAAGCGCCCUACGCGGAGGACAAAGUCACCACCUGUCGAAGACAUCGCCGAGGAAGAACCCGGGCCGGAACCAGUAACUGUACUCGCGCCCACAUCUGCGAAGCGAACCAAUGGGACUAGACAAGCAUCCAAGGAUGAUAGCGCAAGGAAGGGCGUUCGCAAGAGCACACGCAAGCAACAAGCACCACCGGUGGAAGAUGACUCGCAAGCGACGCCCGAGCAUGUUGACAAGUCCCUCGAAAGAGAUCCGAAUGCGCAGAAGAUAGCACUGCCGUUUAGCGACACCCCUAUCAACGACCGGAACAAAGAUUUCCGCAGGAACCGGGCCGCAGGCGCAGGUGGCGGGCGACGGAGCAGUGUAGGGCUGCGAGGGAGGCGGGCCAGCUCUCUGAUUGAGAGCGGUCACAGCGCGAUCCCGCACCGAGAGGUUGGCGCGUCGGAAUUCUUCAAGCAUAUCGAGUCAGAGGGGCUGAGCGAACCAAGAAGGAUGAAGCAACUUCUGACGUGGUGUGGGGAGAGGGCUUUGAGCGAAAAGCCGAAGCACGGGACAGCAGGAGCGCCCGCGGUGCUGGGUGCUCGCGCGAUACAGGACGCACUGUUGAAAGAGUUUGGGUCCAAGUCGGAAUUCUCAGACUGGUUCAGCAGGGAGGAUGAACCGUCUGCUGCUGCUGCUCCAAAGAAGCCUGUGGUCAUCAAGCCAAACCCGAUCAAUGUUGAGCAUGAGGAGAAGAUUGCUGCUUUGGAAGCGCGCAUAAAACGAUUAAAGGAAACCCGCAAAUCAUGGCGUGCCCUGCAGGCACCUCUACCGCAAGUUUCACCUUUGUACCCAGAAGACGGCGAUCCCAAGAAGGCGCCACUACCAGACACAUCGCUUCUCGACGCAGAAGAGGUCAGAAUGCUCGAAUCUCUGACGGACCCGUCCUCGUCAUUUGCACACCUAAAAUCAACCACAAGAACGCGGCUGCAAACUGUCCAGUCGGGGGUGGAAUUUAAGGUCGACCAUCUCGCGGACAGCGUGCAUAAGAUGGAUUUAAGAGUAGUGACGGCGGGAAGGCAGGCAGACAAGGUCCUCGCGUUGAGCUCGGAGAGAUUAAAGGAACGAGAAGAGAAGGAGCGGCAGGCGGCGGGCACGAAAGCACUGCCAACGAUGGAAGUGUUGAGGAGUCUGAGCAGGAUAUUGCCCGAGAAUGGAGGAUAG